AUGGGUAAUAUUUGGUUAUUAAGAUCUGUGAUUGAUUUAUUUAAAUUCUAUAAGAUUCAAUCUUCAAUCACCAAACUUGGAUCAUCAGUUCAAACCAGCCAAACAACAUUCAAGAAUGAAAUAAUGUUGAACAACAGUAACAAUACUCUAACUGGUCAAACAUCAAACUCGAAUCAAUCACUUGUUGAUUUGAAUAUCCUUGCAACUGUAUUGGGUAUUUUGGGUAUUAAGGUGAAUGCCACUGUAUUGUAA